AAACGAUAACGUUUUGGUAGUUUGGAAUUUGCCUGUUGCUUGCUCGCUUGUGGCCAUUUGAUUUCUAUAAUAACCAUCCAUCAUUCAAUCAAACUAUCCUCUGCACCAUGGGCAUUAAGGUCAAGGAGCCUACACCAGGCCAAAUCGAGGAAUUGCGGCAAAAGUUCAAUACUAAAUAUGCUGCCACACCGCCAGCAGUACCCUUCCAUUCUGUUGAUAUUGAUCGCAUACGGAACGAUCAUGUUUGGUUGCAACGUUUCUUGGAAAUGCACGAUCUGGACAUGGAGGUAUCCAUGACUAAACUCUGGGAGACAUGCACAUGGCGGCAAUCGUAUGGAGCCAACGAUUUGGAUGAGAAGCAAUUGAAUCAGGAGUAUUUAAAAGAAGGCUCCAUUUUUGUGCAUAGCAAGGACUUGGAUGGCAAACCAUUGUUGAUAUUUCGUGUUAAACUGCAUAGCAAAUCAAAGAACUUGGAUGAGUUAAUACGCAUCGUUGUCUAUUGGGUGGAGAGAGUGCAAAGGGAACAGCAUUUGGUGCAAUUGACCAUAUUCUUUGAUAUGUCUGGAACGGGUUUAGCCACCAUGGAUUUGGAUUUCGUCAAACGUAUUGUGGAAACAUUCAAAAUGUAUUAUCCCAAUACAUUGAAUUAUAUAUUGGUCUAUGAGCUGGCUUGGGUUCUAAAUGCUGCAUUUAAGGUUAUUAAAACUUUGCUACCACCGCGGGCUGUUGAGAUUUUGAAAAUGACAUCGAAAAAGGAUAUCAACCAAUAUAUAGCCAAGGACAAUUGUCUGGCCAGUUGGGGUGGCACGGAUAACUAUGAGUUUAGCUUUGUGGCCGAAACUAAACGUAACAAACCACAGGUAGCUGCUGCCAAUGCCGGUGCCAACGAUGAACAACAACAACAACAACAACAAUUUGCACAAAGUCAAGGCAUGGACAAAAAGGUACACUUUGCCAACACCGAUACCAUGGUGCUCAAGGAAUCCAACAUUGAUGACAACAUGCACACACCCUCAGAUGAUGAGCAAUUAGCCAUGUUGCAACCGGUACCAGCUGAAUUUGUUAACUUUAAUCAACAAAAGGAAGCCACAUUGAAGCUAGUUUCCACUGCCAAAACACCAGUCAGUUAUAAGAUUCAAACCACAUCGCCGGAUAAGUUUCGUGUACGGCCACGAUGCGGCGUAUUGGAUCCCCAAGAAGUCACCGAAAUCAAUAUCUGGCUAAAGCAGGAACAUACCUUGAGCGAAGAGAAUAAGGAUAAAUUCUUGGUAAUGGCCAUGGCUAUUCCACAUAAAUCUAGCAAGGAUUGCAAUGCUGCCGAUAUAGCCGAAUUGUGGCGAAACAAACCCACAAGUUGUCCAGAUAUUGAGCAACACCGAUUGGUUUGUCGCUUUCAUGGUGCUGGUGUCAAAAGUUGUGGCGGUGCAAUUAGCGAUGAUGGUGGUAAUUCAUUUGUGAAUAAAGUUGAUGACGGCAAAAAUGCAGCAGCUCUGAAGCUGCAGGCCCACAUGACCUCCCGUACCCUAAAAUUACAAUAUGUGAUUGUGGCAUUACUUGUGCUGCUGUGUGCUCUCCUCAGUGUGCUGAUAUAUCAGCAGGGUUGUCAUGAUUUUGGCAGCAUUACUGGUUCGGCUCCGAAAGGAUCUGCAUUUCCUUGCUCGAAACGUAAAUAAUAUUUACUAAAGUCUAGCAAUUUAACCGAUCAGGAGAACAAGGGGAAUGCUGGGUAUAAUGAUAAUAAUGAGGAUGAUGAUAAUAACAUGGAAGGCACUGCCAGACAUAAUCAAAACAACUAUAAUGCCAACAACAACAACAAUAACAAUUAUUUCAAUUGCGCCUGCAAGGACCAUGGCGAUAAUGAUAAUGAUGAUUGUAUCGAGGAAUUUUCCAUACUUUUAAGCCAAAUGCAACAGCAGCUGCAUGAACAACAACAGCAACAACAACAACAACAACAACAACAUCAACAUAACUAUAACGACCAAUUAAUGGGUGGAGGUGUGGCUAACGGUGGCCAUUUAUUGGGUCUUAUGGCCUUGACGCGAAAAUUUGCCAGGGUAUUGCUUUGUCUAACCCUAAUAUGCGGCAUAUUAUAUGUGAGCUACUAUUUGGGAAGUCAAACGGAAACAGGAGAGGAGAACAGGAACCGCAGUCGUCUAAACCACAUUGCCUGAUAUAUAUAUGUAUAUAUAAUAUAUAUACAUAUAUUUAUAUAUCUCUAUAUAUAGGAGUGUGUGUACAAGAUGUUUCGACUUUAUUAUAAAAUAGACAUAAAAAAUUUAGAGUCCGUA